CUCCAAGCAUCCCCAAGCGACAUCAUGCCAGGCAAGUCUGACGACACCGUCAUCGAGGAGUUCAACGAGUAUGUGAACAUGUCCGUCAAGGAGCUCGAGGCGUGGCUUGAGACGGAGGACUCGCAGGGCGCCGGCUGGGGCGACGGCGAUGAGAGCGUAGGACAUCAAAGUGGACGAAAGAUCGUUGACAUCCUUCAGCGUAACCCGAAGAAGGACCCGAGCAAGUACACGGACGAGGACCUGGCCCACAUGCGCAAGGUCGCCUCGUACUGCAAGCGCCACCUGGCCCAGGAGUCGCAGCUCAAGGACAAGAAGAGCGAGGCCGAGCUGCGCGAGACGAAGAGCUUCAAGAGCCUCGCCAACUGGGGCCACGACAUGACAAAGUGAUGGCAUGUGCGGCAGACAGGGAGGCAUGGAGGAAAUCAACUGCGUGCACAGAGCACGGGUGACUGGGAUAACCCUGCGAGAAGAGCCCGGCAGAGCUUGCAGCGCCGUGCCGGAACCGCACACGCGCCGCGGCUUUGUGAGCCGGGCCGUGAGGCGCUGUAGACCACAGCAUGAGGCGGAUGGCUUGCGGGUGAGAGCAUGCAGAAGACAAAGGCGUGAGC